CCCCCCCCCCCGUCUAAGAGUGUGGCUCACUGCAUUCACCAAGAACAAGAGACCGAGUUUAUUGGGAGACUGGAGACUUUUCUAGACCCCGACGACUUCUAGACUGAAAACAGGGAGACAGAGCCGAGCAGGACGCAGCCGACGCCAUUUUAGAGCAGGAACAAGUGUCUGUUUACAACUAUAACCCCACAUCUGAGGCUCCAGGGGUCAAAGGAUUCAUCAUUUUUAAGUUGGACUUGCCGUUGAAGCAUGAGGAGCCGCGAGAAGGACGACAGCACAAGUGAAACCUCCUCUUUGAACGAAUCAUCCAAUCAGAAACCAAUUCCUGUUUGGGUCGACCACACCCCCACGCCGGACGAUACCAACUCAACGGGAGGGAGAUCCGGCACUCCCCCUUCUUCUGAACCCAAGAGCGACCCCAAGUCCAGCCUCAAAAGUCGACUUCAAACUCUUCUACGGCUAAACAAAAAAACGGAAAAUGACGAUUCCGACGCGAGCUCUAGCGGGAUUCCGAUCCUCCCAAAUGGCACACGAGUUAGUCCACCAGUAAGCCCAUUAGCUGGAAGAAAGCACGACAUUUACCAAAGCGAUUCAAGCCAAAAUUCUGAUAAAAAUGUCUUGAGGUACGAACAAGAAGAAUCGUUACUCACUAGCCUCCACCCAGCUGAGUAUUACGCUGAAAAAGUUGAGAUCUACAACUUGAAAUACGCCUACUUAAAAUCAUGGCCAGGCUUGCUGAGACUGCUGGCCGGAAUGGAGCUACUUUUUGGCGGGAUGAUUUUCGCGUGCGUCAUCGCGUACAUCCAAAAAGAUAGUGAAUGGUCCAACGCGUACGGGAUGUACAACGGAGCGUACAACAACGGACAUGGACUUUCCGGAUACAGCUACCGUGGUCCGAUGACGCCGUUUGUGUUGGCCGUCGCGGGAGUUUCUUGGAUCAUAACAUUCGUUCUUUUGGUUGUUGGAAUGACGAUGUACUACCGGACAAUUUUGCUGGACUCCCCCUGGUGGCCACUGACGGAGGCGUUUGUGAACGUAGCGAUGUUUCUGUUGUACAUGGCAGGAGGGAUCGUGUACGUGAAUGAUCUGAACCGCGGAGGGCUGUGCUUCUCGACCAUUGGCGUGAACCCGAUCAUGGCCAGUCUGUGCAGAGUGGAGGGAGGGCAGGUGGCCGGAACAGCUUUUAUUUUCAUCAACAUGGUUCUGUAUCUGAUCAGCUUUCUGGUCUGUCUGAAGAUGUGGAGGCACGAGGCUGCGAGGAGAGAAAGAGAGAGCUUUCUAAAUGAGCCCAGUGAGGUUCCAAACUCGAUGCCUCUGGUGCCACAAAAACCAAAGCAGAUUUCCUUCAGGGACCAAACAGAGACAGACUACAGUAAAAGUGUGAAAGGUCCUGAUUCUGAAAAAGCUCCAGUGAAAACCUUCAUCAACCAAACCGGAGCCAGCACAGCCAGAAAGACACGAGUGAAGGUCAUCGCAGACUACAUCAUGAAGUACCCAGAGAUCACAAGUUUGGAGCAGAGGGACGAGUACCGGGCUGUGUUUAAUGACCAGUAUCAGGAGUACAAAGACCUGCACCACCACAUCAGCCUGACCCUGUCCAAGUUCAGACAACUGGACGCUCUGAUGGACAGACUGCUCCGGGACAAAACACAGAAUCCACAGAGGAUACAGAUCAUAUUACAAAAGUUAGAAGAGAAAAAGAAUGAUCCAACGUUCUGGGAGAAGAAGGAGCGCUGUGAUUAUCUCAAGGCCAAACUCAGCCAUUUAAAAAACAGAAUUUACACUUUUGACCAACAAAUUAUGAGUAACUUCUGCACCAUGUACGACCCCCAUCACUACGACAGCCCCCCUCUCUACAGCCCCAAGUACAGCACCAGCACCAGCCUCUACCCCCCCAGGAGCGUGCACUCGCCCCCGGCCCGCUACGUGGACUACCGCUACUCCCUCCCCGACGGGUACUACACGGAGGAGAGACCGCAGCACUUCUACCGCUGGUUCUCUCCGCCCGGCUUCGUCAAGACCUUUCAGGGAGCCACUGUCCUCAUGUGUUUCCUGAUCUUCGCCUGCGUCGCCUCCACCCUGGUCUGGGACGUGAACGGGUUUGGGUACGGGGGGUACGUGGGGGUGAGCGGGGGCGGGGUGGCGGGGUCAGGGCCGGGGUACUACGGGGGCAGUUACGGGUACGGAGGGUCCUAUAUGACGCCGCACGCAGCUAAGUCGGCCAUGAUCACCAUAGCGGCGGUGAACUUCUUGGUGUCUCUGGGUUUCCUGGUGGGGAGCUUCUCGCGCUCCAGAGCCAUGAGAGGAUGCAGGUUCUACCUCACCGUCUUCAUCUGUGACAUCAUCCUGGCCGUGCUGCAGGGCAUCAUAGACAUCAUCUUUGUGAUCGGAGUCAACCCCAUGUCCCAGAGUUCUCAGAGUAUGCUCUAUAACCCCAUGCUGAUGAUGUGCCAGAGCGCCCCCGUCAGUCCCAGUCUGAGCGCUGCAGCCGGGGGCAGUUUCCCUGGAGGAUACCCCAUGUACAACCAGUACCUCCACCACUACUGCUACAUGGACCCAGAGGAGUCUGUGGCUCUGGUUCUGGGCAUGAUGGUGGUCCUGGCUCUGUCUUUAUCGGCGUAUUACUCAUAUAAGACACGCAGUAAAAUCUGGAGACACGGGAAGUCCAACAUCCUGUGGGACGAACCACAGAGAGGACCAGCAGAGAGCGCCGACCUGCAGCACUGGGUGGACCAGACCGGAGGCUCCAGGAGCACGCAGCAGGCCCCCACACUGGUCAUCUCUGAGACGGCUGCUCCAGACCUCAGGCUAGAGAACUGUCCGGUCUCCUAUGGCAACCGCACCGUCUCCCAUGGCAACCGCAGCGUUUCCCAUGGCAACCACAGCAUCUCCCAUAGCAACCCAACAGGCAGCGUCCAGAGUGAAGGAAAUUACAACUGCAACAGUGUGUCUGUAGACAGCAGUGCCCGGCGCAGUACCAAACCACAACACCAGAGCCCCGCCCCCCUCUGCAGCAGCAACUCAGACCUGACCCAGAGCACCCGGAAAGAGAAGAAAUCCCACAGAGCACCCAGCCAGGACACUCAGACCUACAGAGCACCCAGCCAGGACCCCCCCACGCUCCCCAGGUCAGCUGCUGACGACCCGGUGGAGUCCCAGUGGGAGACGGGCUACACCACCGGAGGAGACACAGGCAACGAGCUGGAUCAGGACCUCUCACAACACCUGUUCAGGUUGUACCCGGCGAUCAUCAGUGACGAGCAAAGACGUCACUACAAAAGAGAGUUUGACUCAGACCUGACUCAGUACAAGAGUCUGUGUGCAGAUAUGGACGACAUCAGUGACCAGAUGCACAAACUGAGCCGUGAGCUGGACACGCUGGAGCCCUCCUCCAUCAAAUACCAGGGAGUAGCAGAUGAAUACAACAGACUGAAGGACUUAAAAAGAACAGCAGACUACCAAACCAAGAAGAAACAAUGUCGAGAACUGAGACAAAAACUCUUCCACAUCAAGCGCCUGGUGAAGAACUAUGACCAGGGCAUGUGCUGACCCCACACCCGACUAAACUCUGUGCUUCUGCUUUGGGAUGGUCUCCUAGCAACAACACAACUAUAACUGUUUACUCUUUAUCUCCUUAAAGUCAUGUGUUAAAGGGCCCAUAUUACACAGUUUUCUGAUCUAUGUUCUAAUGUUGUUUCCUCGUCACAAACACACCUGGAAUUGUUUUUGUUUCAUUCACAAACCUACACUGGUUCUUCUCACACAGAAAACACUCCCACCUUGUGAUGUCAUGUGGUAAUACAGGAAGUGCUCCAUUGUGUUUUUAAAUUCCAUACACCUUCACAAGAAUCAUUUGGAUAUUUUCAGUCCUGGAAUCUCUGCUGAACUAGAUGUCAAAAUGAAAUGUUCACUUGGAAACUACCACUUCAUGACAUCACAAGGUGGAACAGAGCAUCUUGAGGUCUGGAGAUGUAGACAGACUAAUAAUAAAGGGUUAAUCAAACAUGUGUGAAUGAAACAAAACACAACUCCAGGUCUGUUUUUGAUGGUAACAUUAUAACGGCUUAAAGCUCAUAAGAGUCCAUUUUGUGUAAUAUAUGAUUUUUUAAGACACUA